AUGGAAACAGAAAAUGGGACAACAGUCACUGAAUUCCUUUUACUUGGAUUUGUGUAUGAACGAGACUUGGAGAUUACUCUCUUCAUAGUUUUCUUCCUUAUUUACCUAGUGACGGUGCUGGGGAAUUUGCUCAUCAUUGUACUCAUUGGCAUUGAUCACCGACUCCACUCCCCUAUGUAUUUCUUUCUCAGCAACUUAUCCUUCAUUGAGAUAUUCAUGACAACCUGUGUAGUGCCUAAAAUGUUGGCCAAUCUCCUGGCUGAAAGGAAAACCAUUUCAUUUGCUGGCUGCUUUGCUCAGUUAUAUUUUUAUUUCUUCAUGGGAUCCACAGAGUUCAUCCUUUUCGCCGCUAUGUCUUUUGACCGCUACAUGGCCAUCUGCUAUCCACUUAGGUAUCCUACCCUCAUGACUGGGACAGUUUGUGUCAAGAUGGUGAUUGGAUCUUGGAUUGGUGGGUUCCUGUCUGUCUUCUUGUCAAUAGUCCUGAAACUGAGAUUGCCUUACUGUGGACCUAAUGUCAUUAAUCACUUCUUCUGUGACAGUGCCCCUAUGCUGCACCUUGCAUGCAAGGAUAUCAGUCUUAUUGAGUUGGUUGACUUCAUUAGUUCAUUGAUUCUACUGCUUGGUUCCCUCUCAUUUACAGCUACUUCUUACAUCUACAUAAUUAGAACCAUUCUCAAGAUCCCUUCUGCCGAGGGCAGAAAAAAGGCAUUUGCUACCUGUGCCUCCCACUUCACCGUUGUCUCCAUGGGCUAUGGAAUCUCCAUUUUUGUUUAUGUCAGGCCAUCUCAGAGUAGCACCAUGAGCAUGAACAAAGCUUUAGCUAUUUUCUCUGGCAUCUUGACACCCUUACUAAACCCUUUCAUCUUCAGUCUAAGAAAUGAACAAAUGAAAGAAGUGUUCAGAGAUGUCAUAAAGAGCAUAAUCUCAAAGAUAAAAGAUGGCUGA